UGUAAUGUGGGCGUGAACAACUCGGUUUGGGUGAAGUCGGCUCAGCAACUGAUAGAAUGAUAGCGAACAAGGGAAUAUUGUGAACGCAUCAGUGUUUUUAUAUAAAGGAUACUUUAAAUAUAAAUCAAUAUGUAAAUGUCUUGUCAUUCGUCAGCAAGCUUGAAUGGCGUGAAUCCAUAGACCAAAUAAAGGAUAGAAUACCUAAAAUAAUCCUAUGUGUAAAGUACACAACGUUAUACAUGUAAUACUGACAGGGCAGUACAGUGGACUAGACGUCGAUCCGCGGAUAAAAUUGCAAAAGCAAAAAUCCUCCACGGUUAAUUUUAUACUUCAGGAUUCAAGAAUGGGGGACCUAGAGAGGGCUUACGCCUACCACUCGUUUAUACUCAUCUUCUGCUUCAUCGGUGCAGCCUUGAACCUCGCCUCGAUGUACGCCAUGCUGCGUUACGCAAAACUAAGGAAAGGGCGUCAUGUCUUCAUUUUCAACCUGGCUCUUUCCGAUUGUUUUUCGGCCAUCGCGAUGUUCAUCGCCAACAUUGUCGACUUUCCAGAGGUUGAAUAUGAAGUGGAAGGCCUCUCCUCAUGGAUGGUAUGCCUGUUCACUUUUACUUUGGUCAUAUCAUUGAUGAGUACACUCGCCAUUGCCGUAGAACGCCUCAUGAUCUUUCGCGUUGGAAACUACUCUCGUCGAACCUACACGCCCAGACUCUCCAUUGCUCUCUGCGUCAUCGGCUGGGUUGUACUCGCAUUGGUAUUUUUUCUCCUGCAAGCAUUCCACGAGAUCGGGUCACUCACCCUCCUUUAUUGUGUAUCUCCUUGUGUCAUCUUGGCGUGCAUAAUCGUCACAGAUGUAUCCUACUUCCUCAUUUACAAGGAAAUCAGCAAGAUCUCGGACAACGGCAGCCCCGAAGACGUAACCCUAGCACGCCGUGCGAAACGCAGCAAAUACGUCAUCGUAACCUUCGCUCUGGUUGUCGCAAGUACGACGGCUUGUUGGGUCAUCAUGUGCAGCGUGCUGUUGGUGGAGUACAUCGCAUACUUCCAUGGCGCCGUUGAUCCUGACACUGUGGAUUCUGUUUGGUUCAGUGUCAUAGCCGAUUUAGGCAACGUGUUGGUGUGUAUCAAUAUAAUUCUCAACCCAACAAUUAUCUGGUGGCGUCUACCUGUGUUCAGAAGAGAGCUUCCCGCUUGCUGUAAUAAUCUGGGGUGUCGAAAUACGGGUGAAUCCCAAGACCCAGACCUCGUAUCAUCAGAAUCCCCUACCGCGGGGCAGCCCGCGAUUUCGUUCAUUAACACUGCCAUGUCGGAAUCGGCUCCUGAUAUUAAUCUUAAGAAGUUCUGAUCGCGUAAAUUAAUGAGCAGAUUGUCAGAACACAAUUUUAUUUUUUAAUUUUUUGCAGAAGUUUUUAAAAUUUUAUUCAUAAGACAAUAAAAAAUGAAAAAAACUUGAUACAAUAACAAUGACAUAAAUUUGUAAAUUAUUGAAUGACAAUCGAAAAGAUGAAUAAUGUACGUCAAGAAUGAAAACUGGAUAAAUAAAGCAUGUAAAAUUGUAAGUUGGGUAAAAAUGCAGGGGCCAGCUUUAAUAAGCAGGUAACUGCAUGAAACAAUAGCAGCCAUGAGGGAGGGCUACCUGGGAACCGUAAUAGGUUAUAAACAUAUUUCGAUAAAAUGAUGUCAGGAAAUAUAAAAGUCUGAAAGUUUAGAUAUUCAGUGGGGAGAGAUAAGUUCAAGUUACAAAAAAAGUGCGAGUGCAGGGGAUACAUUUAAGGAUAUUAAGAAAAAAAAACACGUUUUCAAUGAAGCUUUAAAAGAAAUAAGAGACGCAGACUGUUAGGCAUUCCAAAUAUCUGACCAUGGUGGCGUAUUAUGAGUGAGUAAUAUUCUGGCAAUGUCAUUUGAAAGUGUACAGAUUCAAAGUUCCUUUUUUAGAGACGGAAUAUCGUUUCUAUUCUCGACUUUCUACUAUACCCCCAACAAUGAUGCAGUAAACAAGUGGGAUAAGAUGAAUGAAUUUUAAAGCAUAAACUAAUUUUCUAAAUGCAUUCACAAUGUCAUUCAUAUAUCAUGUCUAUAUAAAAAAUAACAAAAGACCUAAAUAGAUCCUUGUGGUACUCCACAUUUCAACGUGCAUAUAUCAGAUGAUUUAGACUUAAAACAAACAUAAUGGUGUCGAUUGCUGAAGUAAUUUUUAAACCAAGCGAGAACCACCCCCUCUAACUCAAUAUUUUAUCAAUUUACAAAGUAAAAUGUGAUGAUCCAUUGUAUCGAAUGCUUUCGAUAAAUCCAUAUUUUUUUCAUGAUAGAAAUGUUAUCAUUUGUAACAGUGAUCAUGUUAUUUAACUGACUCAGAAACAGGGUCCAGGCAGCGAAUUAUUAAGUUGAUGGGGACGACCUGGAGUUCGCCUCAUUUCCAUUUUAUAUAGGGCUUAAUGUAAACAUUUUCUUGCAAAGGUCAUAACUACAUCCAAAUGAAUUGGUUAAAAUUCAGUCAAGGUUACUUCAUUUUCUCCAUUGUUUUGCAAUGUUUCUUUAGCCCCAAAUUCUCAUCGUAAUUAUAUUAAAGUGCUUCUACAACAGGUACCAAAAUGUUUGGCAUCGAGUAAAGAUGGAUAUAAGCCCUUUUGCAAGAACAUGCUCAGUAAACUCAUUAUAAAAUCUUCAUUGUUGUAAAAGUGAAACGAAUUACACGUCCUAAUAUCGCCCACCAUGCAAGAACAGGGAUAUUUCUUGCCACACAUGGCAACAUCUAGGCCAACCAGAUUUAUAUUAAAGCAUCGAUAUUGCGGUUGUCCUUCUGUGAUGUAUUGGAUAUUCUCUGCACCAUUAUAAAUCUUCUUUUUUAGAGCAAAGAUCUUUAUUAAAAGUUUAAGAAAACUUUUAUGAUAAAAAAUAUGAUAAUUGGUAACAGUGAUCAAUAUGGGUAGUAUGCACGUUCUUGUAUCCUCACACGAGCAGUGUGUUACUCUUCAUAGUGGGGACACAUUCCAGCAAGUGUAUAAAACACAUUUGCCGAUAAAAAGGUUUAAGAACCGGAACGGCGGAUUGUGUUAACGUUCAGAGUGUCCUUUUUGUAAAGAACUCUAAAUACAUAUUCUAUGCGCAGAAACUUCAUGUAAUUUACUAACUCUUCAUUUCUGUCUGGUAAGCUAAGAGUUAAAUCCGUUGAAAUUUCCAUUUUCAUUAAGUUGGAGCCUCGCCUAAAACGAGAUUAGCAUUGUGUAUGUUAACAAAGCAUGAAAGCCCUUCGCUCCUUCGACACAAUAUGACCAUGGAGCUAAUGACUUACUGUCAGUAUUAACAUUGGGGGGGGGGGGGUGUACGAAAACGAUAGAUUUUAAUCAUUGUCGAUUUUUACUUUUGUUCUUACAUUGAUAUAUAAAUUGGUAUGGUUAUAAACUCGGAGUUUUCCAACCGAAUGGCAAAGGAUGUCGUAGUAGUAAUUGUUGUGAAUCGCUGCAUUUCCAUGUCGACUGCACAAGAAUGUCGUCAUCGGGACACAAAUUACAUCCUACAAAGUUCUAAAACUUCUAAAAAAAGAGGUAUCGUUGGUUAUCAAUGGUGUCUUUAUUUUUACUGCGCAUGAUGAAAUCCCAUCUGGGGCCUGGUGGCCUCAAGUACUUUACUAGGGCUUCUGUGAAUGAUGUGCUGACCGGACUUGCCCUUAAAUUGUUGGUGAACGGAGCAGCAAGCAAGAGGCCACCAGGCCUCCCUUAGUUUGCUGAGCAAACCCUUCACUCGAUUAAAGGGUCUGAAUUGCAGCCCACUCAUGCCUUGUGUACUGAAGGCACUCUCUGUGCUAGUCUUUGCGUGGAGGCACACUUGUUGAUCAAUGUUCCAAUCAGGGUCUGUGCUUCCAGACUAGCCUCAUCUGGCGCAUCUGAAAAUACAAAUAGGUGAUUCAAUUUAAUGAACACAAUUUUAUAUAUUUUUUAAUACUUAACAUGCUUAAAAUUUAUGUUCUAUCUCUGACAAUUAUUAGCGCUGUGAUCAUGGUGAUACUUUUGUGUAUAUCACAUAUAUAAAUAACCAUUAGUAUGAAUAUAAUAAUUAUUAUUAUUAUUAAUCAACUUUUCACCCUAAUAUGUCGUCUCAGUAAAUUUGUUUUUUUGUAUUUGUAAUUUCGAUAUGACGUAGUAUCGACAAUCCUUGGUUUUGCUUGUUCUGUUUUGGUUUUCCUUUUGCUAUGAGACGCACUGUAUAUUCUGAGAAGGUUGGCAUAUUUGUUCUGGCCGUAAAACCAUACAAAC